ACUGAGGACAAACAGGGGCCAAGCUGGGACCCACAAACCGACUUAUAUCGUCGAGGAGCCAGGGAAGAGACUCCAACCAAACAUUAUCGCGCAGAGCGCGGCUAGAGUCCGGAUUUCUCCUUCAUUUCCCUUUCCCCGUGCUUCUCCCCAUUCUCACCAUACACGGACGCUUCUCUCCAAUUGACGACCCACGCACGCACAACAUGGCUGGCCUCAACACCUUGAACCCGAUCCACGCCCUCCCUCCUACGCCCCCCUCCUCCGACGUUCCUUCAAUCAUCAAGGCCAUCGACUCGCCCUCCAUUCUGGACUGCGAGCUCUUACGGCGGCGAUCUUCCCCGAAAGUCGGCCCGCUCUCGUGCGCCCCCCUAGACGCCUUGUCUUCCGCUGAGAUCUACAAUGCAUCCCGCCGUCUCUUGGGAAUCCUCGAUAUAAUUGAUGAUCCUUCAGAAAAUCACAACACAAACAUUGUUGCACAGCCUCCAGCCACACUAGAAACAUCUGCUCCACCCGAUCCUACUGGCCAAGCUAACAGUCAUAACGACCCUAACGCGAUCCCCGCACCUCGCCGCCCCUGCGCCACGCCUCCACCGCCGUCCUAUACCAUGCACAUUCCUUCGGUGUCAACACAGAGGUCUCAUUUUUCCUCUCAUCGCUUCCGUUCCCGCCGGUCUCCCCAGUCCACCAUGUCGUUCAAGGUCGCGGCACCUGUGCCUCGAGUCCCCCUUGCGUCCGUGCUUUCGUAUUGGGGUGCAAAUCAUGCACGCCCCAGUCCGGUUCCGGGUACCUCCGUCGCUCCCGCGGAUGUCAAGAUGGAGGUGGAUGCGGGGGAGAUGGUUCAUGGCGAUAGGCUCUCGAAAGCGGGCCUUGGCUUGUUGCUGGGGCUCACCCCAAGCCCGGGACCACACCCGCGUGCAUAUCCCGAUCCUCAUACGCAUACGAAUGCACAAGCACAUGCGAAGUCGCAAUCACAAUCGCGCUCUAGGCACUCGCGGCGCCUGCGACGCCUCGCUCCCGCAGCGCUGCAGCUCACGCCGUCUACGCCCCGCAGAGCUCUCCUUACGCCCACGUCCCCCUUCACACCCGCGCCCGCACCUGUCCCGGCAAAUAUGCAGCAUACUCCACCGUCCGAACUGUUCGCAAACAUCCCACUUGCGACUUGCCAAGAUCUCUCGUCUCCCUUCGAUAUCGAUCGCAUUCCUGCAAUCCCGAGUCUCGAUUGCUCGCAGCCUCCAUCAGUUUCUCCUCCGACCGAUUGCACCCCCGGCCCGUCCGUCUCGUCUGCUAUGGCUCCCAUGUCCACCGAUCCGACCUCGCUCGUGUUCCCGGCCGGGGACUCCCAGAACGCUGCCAGCUACGCACAGACACGCACGCACGCGAACACAGACAUCAACGCCGCAACGGAAGCUACCGCAGAUACGUGGCACGUCGACCUCCUAUCCUGGCGGCAUACCGUGUCCCGUGCGCUGGAUAGCCCGCUCUCCCCUAUUUGCGUGCCGAAGUCCGCGAAAUGCACCGUUCAUAGAGCAUCCUUGAACAUGGCGUAUACCGUUCCCGCGACCCCGCUGAGAGCCUCUAUUGGCGAGUUGACAGGAAGCCUGUCGCAGCUUACCCCCGGCUUGCCUCACGACACUGCGCCACCGGCACCCCCGCGCAUGGGGUGCAAUCCGCUUCCGGAGCUCCCUGACCAUCUGCACUCUUUUGCUCCUCCUCCUCCUUCCUUCUCGUAUGAGAGUUCAGAGCAAGCUGCGUACCCGCAGCAUGCAGACUUGCGGUUUGAGCUAGACACCGAAAGCCUUGCUUUGUGGGGGGAGAAGUGCUCCGAGACCAUCGCGCGCGCCUCUCUGUCACUGCGCUCCUGCGGCUUACUGCGUGAUCCUGAUUCGAUUACUGCGCUGUGCGACGACCUCCGGGUAGCGUUCGCGACGGUACAACGAGCUUUGGACGGCACUCCAAGGGACUUCGUCAUGGACGGAUCAGAAGAGAGGCAGACAUGGUACACCAAUCACUGCAACGUCGUGCACUCGCUCUACCGUAACAUGCAUCAAUUCUACAUGCUCGCGCGACACGUCGAGGAUAAGCCCCCCCGCAUCCACCGCCUCGAGGGCAUCCUGAAGAAGCUCGCCACAUACCAGGUCAAAUUCACAGAUCUUGCGCGGAGGGUUUUGCUUUCGCACGAGAAGCUUCGUUUGCUCUCACUGAGGACCGAACUGACGAACGCGCGCACCCUCGCCCGUGCGCAGGCAGCCGAGGAGCGCCGCCGCCGAAGGGAAGAGCGUACGGCGAGGCAGGAGGGUCGCAUGCGUCGGUACGCGCUGCGCGAGGAGAUAAAACGCGUGCGGGGCACGAUACGCACGAUGCGCGACGCUGCGCCUCAUCUUCCGGACGAAAACGUCUUCCGCGUCCUCGACGAGUACGAGGGGGGCGAUGAUGUCGACAUGGAUGGCGUGUACGACGCCAAGUGGCGGUACAACGCUCCAUAGCUCAGGGGAGAGGUAAGGAUGGAUAGACACUCUUCCUCUCGUUGAGCCGUGAGCGCGAGAUAUGGUUUAGAGGAGUGGCUUACAAGCGGGAGACACGAGGAGAUGAAGUAUCGGGAAAGUAGUCUCCAGGACCUCUUUUCUUGAUCUUGCUCCGGCCCGUCAGGUAAGCGUGCUUGACCAGAGACGUGGGGGCCCCAAGAUGCUUGAUUGGUUUAUCGCAAUCUCUCCUAACGUUUCUAAUCGCGGGGAUAGUGUAGCUUCGUACACUGUGCCCGCUCAAUGCGCCGGUGUUUCGUAGAAGUUGGACGACGACCUUCACGACCUCACGGCUCCAUCAGGGAGUCAAUGACCUUCAAUGUAUCGGUAAAAAUAGUAGCUCUAAUUAUACAUACAU